AUGCAGAGCGGAGGUUAUGCCGUGUAUAGGCAAGGGCUUGUGGAAGUUUUACAAAUAUACAACAAGGUUGAGAGGAAAACAUCUAUGAAUCCAUGUCCUACGAUUAUGCGAUUUAGUAGAGACUAUAGUAAACAAAUGAGUCCACAAGGUAUCAAGUUAUCAAAUCCGGUUAAUGCUGGGAAAUACUUUUGCAAUGGUUCCAACAACUCCAAGAUGCAACCUUCUCCUCCAAACUCAUGGUUUAGUUGGCCCUCUUGGGGAAGAUGGGUCAUAGGUUCUGUGAUUUCCUUAAUGUUAUCCUUUUGGAACAAUGAAAGGAUUCAGAAACUGAAACGGAUCGAAGGAGAGGCGGAGUUGGCUGUAGAAGGGGUAGAAGCUGUAGCAGAAAUGGUGGAGAAAGUGGCGACAGCGACUGACGAAAUGGCUGAAGAGAUGGCAGAGAAACUGCCUGAGAAGAGUAAGCUUAAACAAGUGGCUUUGGUUCUGGAACACAUUUCGGAGGUUGCUGCUCAUGAAGCACAUAUAACCAAAGAUUUUCUUCACAAGGUGGAAAAAGUCACGCAAGAUUUGGAUGACUUGGAGGCAAUGAUAGAGCCUUUAGUGGACAAAAUUGUGGCAAAUGCUGAAAAAAAGCAACAACAAGAUGAAGGAAAAGAAGCAAACUCUGAGUCGCCUUCACGCCACUAA